AUGGAGGCCCUCCAGACUGGCUUCUUCUUGGAGGAAGGCAAAAGUAAGCUGCUGCUGUUUGAGGGAAAGGAUGACCACCUGACUCCCACCUGUAGACUUGACCUCACAGAAAGUGGUCUCUUCAUCAUAGCAGGAAGAAUGAUGGGGCACAGCUUUCUACAUGGAGGCCCAUCUUUCACUGGACUAAGUCCUGCUAUAAUUCAUGUGAUCCUGGGGCGGGAUCCAAAGAUGGCUCCCAUCUCUGUGGAUGAUUGUGUUGAUUGGGACGUCCGGGAGGUCCUGGAGCUGCUUGAAGGGACUGACAACUUCACUGAGGACGAGAGGGAGAGGGUGAACAAUAUCUGUCUGUACUGGGAUCUGCCCACGGUUGACAGAGAAAAUAGACAAUGGCUCACCGAAAAGAUUCUACUUCAUGCUGUCCUUGGGAGGACAGAAAAACAAGUGGAACAACUGCAGAGGGGACUAAGGGACAGUGGAGUUUAUGAUCUGCUCAGUGCACGUCCAGACACUGCGGCCAUCUUGUUUCCCAGGACGUCUGAAAGAGAAAUUACACCGCAGAUGAUUUUGGACCACAUCACUUGGCCUGCAAAUGUGGCAUAUGGUGUUUCACGGCUGGACCAGGACCGAAUUUUGGGUUUCUUCAGACGAUUUAUCGAGAAUGGAACUCCAGAUGUACUGAAAAGCCUCUUGCGCUUCUGGACUGGCUGGGAGGUCCUGUCAGGACAUUUGAAGGUGGAAGUCAUCGUCUGUGACCUCCCAAUGUCUGCUACAUGUUUCUACAGAUUGAAAUUGCCAGCUUAUGUACAAGAGUUUGAAGAGUUCACCAAUGUCUUGAAAGCAGUAUGUGAAACAUCUUCCUCUGGCUUUGGCCAGGUUUGAAA